UGUUACUGUUGUCAUGCGGGUAGUCCGAACAGUUGGGCCAUCUAUGUAGAAAAGGAAAUAAAGGUGAAACAUCCAUCGAAACGACAUUGUUUGAAAGAAAAUUACUUGUGGGUGAGGGAUUGCGAGUACCGAGGAUUGUUUAAAUCAUAUAUUAUCGAUUGAAAACGAACAAUUACUGUUUAUUGUGUCAGACAGAUUUUGUGAACAAAUCUUAUCGUCAAUUCAAUCACUCAUUCAAAUAUUUUCAAUCUUUAUAUUUCGAACAAAUCACUUGUCCACAAACUUGGAUUUUAUAAAAGUUCAUUAUAGAAAAAUUCAUUCUGUUUUCGAUAAUCAAGAUAGUUUGAUUCAAUACAUAGUCUACAACAAACAGCAAUUAUUUUCAAAUUUUAAUUCACCAAAAAUUCAUAUAUUUUCGUUACCAAUUGAUGAUGAAAAAUCAAUUUUAAAUUUAAAUAACGAAAAUAGUCUGUUCAUAUUUCAACAACUAAUUGUUGAAGUAUUAGUAACAAAAUGUAAUACACAUACAAAUGAAUCAAAACAAGAUUUAUUAAAUCAUUGUCGGCUCUACUAUAAACAUGAUUUAUGUGAACUAAAAAAAAUUGAUGAUUUUGAAGAAAAUUAUCGUUCAACAAAAGCGAUUCGAUGGUAUACACGAGAUAGUUUUUUAUAUCGUUUAAUUAAUAAAUCAUUACGUAUGCAAAAUAUUGAUAGAAUAUUUAAACUUCGAUUUUUAUUAUUUUUUCUUAUUGCAAAUCGCGACGCGAGUCUCUUGAAAACUUCCCGGCACAAUAACGCGUUCCCCGGGAAACUCGAAAUAAGACGCGAUUUUUACCGACCGUUAUUUUUUCAAACUCAUACAAUGCUCAAUACCUAUCAACUGUUUUACUAUAGUUAUGGAAAAUACUCUUACAUACUAACUUAGUGUUACGUAAAUAACUGAAAGAAACAGUGCGUACCUGUCUUAGUAGUCCCCCGCUUAGUUUCGCUGUUGUUUGCAAAAGACAGUCGUUUGCACAAUUCCUACAAUAACAAAUACAAGAUAGCAUUAAGAAAUGUAGAGAAAACAUAAAUAAUAUGACUGGCCACAUAAUCAGAGGUCACCCCACGGUUGAAUAGUGUAUGGUAAUCCAUGAAACCGCUGCUCUCCUUCUACUUCAGCACUUCGUAAAUUGUUCUGUUCUUAGAAAAACGGAUUUUUCGUUCACAAAUAUAAUUAAAAAUAGCGGGCGAUCCUAUCUUAUCACGCUGAAGAAUAUAGUUUUUCUUGACUUUCCCUGCACGGUGGACACGAUUGUAAUGUGUAAAUUAGCACUAAACUGUAAUAUAGAAGAAUAUCUGUU